GGAGCUUUCAGCUGCCAGCCUUGGCCCAUCAUGUAAGUGCUGCGGAGAAUUCUUUGCAGUGCAAUUGCAAAAUUACCUCUUUUCCCGACGCCAGUGCGGGUUGUGCAAUUGUAGCUGCGCUCUUUGCACCGACACGCACGCUCCGGACGCAAAAAGGCUCCAAGUGCAUGAAGAUCGAGGCUUGUAUUUUGCAUCUUUGUUGCAAAGGCAAGCCGCUGAAGCUCCAGUGCGAGGGCGAUGGAGGGAGGGAGUGAGAAAGAAGGCAAAGUCUUUUGUGCUUCCCCUCCCCCUCAUCAAAGCAAAGGGGAAAUGUCUCAGCCAAAGGGAGGUAAGAGGAAGCCGGUGCUCAAGCUCUCCAAGGAGGUGUUUGAGCAGCCCACUCCCGCCGCAGUACCCCCCAGAGAUCUGGAUUCGAAAGCUUGUGUAACCAUUGGAGAGAAGAACUUCGAGGUGAAGGCGGAUGACCUGGAGCAGAUCUGCGAGCUCGGCCGAGGAGCGUACGGCGUGGUGGACAAGAUGAGGCACGUGCCCAGUGGCCUGAUCAUGGCCGUCAAGAGGAUCCGGGCCACGGUGAACACUCAGGAGCAGAAGAGGCUGCUCAUGGACCUGGACAUCUCCAUGAGGACAGUGGACUGUUUCUACACAGUCACCUUCUAUGGAGCUCUAUUCAGAGAGGGCGACGUCUGGAUCUGCAUGGAGCUGAUGGACACUUCCCUCGACAAGUUCUACAAGCAGGUGAUCGAGAAGGGGAUGACCAUCCCCGAGGACAUCCUGGGAAAGAUCGCUGUCUCAAUAGUAAAAGCUUUGGAGCAUCUGCACAGCAAUCUGCAAGUCAUACACAGAGAUGUGAAGCCCUCAAACGUGCUGAUCAACACUCAGGGCCAGGUGAAGAUGUGCGACUUCGGCAUCAGCGGCUACCUGGUCGACUCCGUGGCUAAAACCAUGGACGCCGGCUGCAAACCUUACAUGGCGCCGGAGCGGAUCAACCCUGAGACCAACCAGAAAGGCUACAACGUCAAAUCUGACAUCUGGAGUUUAGGAAUCACGAUGAUCGAGCUCGCCAUCCUGCGCUUCCCAUACGACUCGUGGGGCACGCCCUUUCAGCAGCUGAAGCAGGUGGUGGAAGAACCUUCGCCCCAGCUUCCUGCUGACCAGUUCUCCCCAGACUUUGUGGACUUCACCUCUCAGUGCUUAAAGAAAGUUUCCAAAGAGCGGCCGACUUACACAGAACUCAUGCAACAUCCCUUCUUCACCUCCCACGAGGCCAAAGAAACUGACGUGGCUAGCUUUGUGAAAGUCAUCCUGGGGGACUGAGUCGUCACACUUGCACAGCAGUGGAGGGAGGAUCUGUCAAAACGAAGAAGAAGAAGAAAAAAAAAAUACAACAAACAAACAAAAAGCACCAAUCACAGCCCCUCCCCCCUCCUCCUGUCACCUCCACCACCAACCUGCCAUACUCUCACCCCUCCAUCCCUCCCUCCCUCCCUCCCUCCACAGACGGAAGGACAGAAGAGGAGAAGCAGAACGAGGAGUUUGUCCCCGCCUCCACCUGGCCUCCAUGUCCUCUGUACAUUACCUGACAUGGGAGGGGGGUGGUCGGCCAUUGGUGGGUGUCUCACACAUAAUCUGGAAUAAUUUAAGAUGUCUGUAUGCAAAAAAAAAAACCUCCCUAUGCGGUUAGAUGUGUCCCACCUCUGUGCACCGCCUAUUACUCAAGCGUUGUUAAUAGUCAGCGAGGUGACUGUGUGGCUCGUUGUAACGGUCAAACAAAAGGUUUUUCGGUUUUUUUUCGUUUGUUUUUUUUUUGUUUUUUGUUUUUUUGGCUGAAAAACAGAAGAGGUGCAGAUUAUAUAAAAAGAUGAAUGAUAUAAUGCUAUCUAUGUAUAAUCUAAAUGUUUGUAUACUCAAAGCAAGUGUUGCAUCGGUUUAUUAAUUGAUUGCAUGUACAGAAUAUAUCUCUGAGUAAAAACGGGCUCCAGGGAGGAAAAAGUUGUAGAGUCCGAUGGUUGAAGAGCUGCAGACGUACGGCCUCACGUCAGGGCCCCUCCUAGUGGUCACAAAUAGGUACUGCACUUCAACUGCUUUCCCUCGAUUACAGCGGAGGUCUACUACACGUUUUUGGGCUCUGGCUGCCUGUGAGUGUGAGAGUGUGUGUUUGUGUGUAAGUAAGUGUAUUUGUAUGUGUGUGAUCUGGUGCAUGAUAUGUGUGUGUGUGUGCGUGUGCGUGCGUACGUACGUGUUAGUGUGUUAGUAGAGCUGCAGGAUUCUGGAUACAAUGUGAUGCUUUUGUAAUGAAGUUCUUCCUCUGCAGGCUUGUUGUGCCUGAGGUGAAGCUCUGAUUCAACUUCCUGUUCUAGAUUUUUGCGGCUGCGCAGCAGGGUCGAUGUUGUGACCUCGGUGUUAUAUUUUGUUGUUGCUCAUCAGGUAGUCGUCCGAGCUGUAGCCAAACGAGUGCAUUUAAAGGGAUAGUUCUGGUUAUUUAGCCUGAUGUUGUGUGAGGUGUUUAUCUAUAGUCAGUGUAUCACCACUUUGUUAAAGGGCUGUUUGACAGGAAGAUAAAGCAGUAAAAAUGUUCAAAACAAAGCAGAAGUAAAGUAAAGUACACUUAAACUGAUAUGAGCUUUUUCCUGUGGACAUUGUUAAAGUGGCGUAAACACUUUUUUGCGGAUGACCCCGUCCACAGCAGCUCAUCACUCACUUUCUGUGCCAGUACUCCUGCUGCUUCACUGAACAGGGAGCUGAUCUGAUUCGACUGCAUGUAAUACACUUAUAUAAAGUAUAAAUAAAUAUCUCACACAACCCCACUUCAAAUAACCUGAACUGUCACUUUAAACACAUGCAUGUGCUCAUCGAGUUUAAAUCUGAAGUUCGUCCAAAAAGAAAUAUGAUCAUAUUUUUCUAUUUCUGUGUAAAAUUUUUGUCAGAACUUGGGUUGGAUCAUUUAUUUUACUCAAUUCGGACAAAUCUUUUUCUCCAUUUUUUUAUUUAUGUCUCAAAACAAGAUUAAGGACUGAAUUUGAUUUUUCUCAAUGGAAAAAAUUUAAACUUAGUCACAGAAAUCUGACACAAAUUUUUCUAUUUUAUUUGUUUGGAUCCAUUUUUGUCUUUGUAAAGCACAAAGUAUACAUGUAAAUUAUUUCAUCAAGGGUCUGUUGACUCUCUCCCUGCAGCUAAAAACGUAUGACCUUGGGUGCGGACAGUUCACUUUACAAGCAGGUGAACACGUCCACCAACACAACCCAGUUUGGUAUAAACAGGGACGCAGGUGACACAGGUGUGUAUCCCGUAUCUGUGUCCACCUUUUCGCCCUGCUGCUGCAAAUCCACCACAGACUCUAUUUCACAAGCCAAUGAGAUUGUGCAGAGAUACCGGAUGAAACAGUGACUUUAAUCCAAUCAAUGUUGCAGCUCUACGUGACACACACCAACACACACACACACACACACCGACACACAUUUUUAAGUGAGGUGUGUGUUGACAUUGUGGUCAGUUGUGGGAGAAGAUUGCCCAUAUUCUCCUUGUUGUCUGUACUGAGCCAAUCACAACCAUCUCCACUCCUUGUUCAACAUGAAAAAGAACUGGAUUACUAUUAUUAUUAUUAAUAUUAUAUUAAUUAUUGUUAUUAUUUA